ACCAACCACCACCGCUCCUCCAACCCCACAUUAGCUCAUCAGCAGCUCGAAGAGGAUCGUCGGCGACCAUGUCCGGGCGCGGCAAGGGAGGCAAGGGGCUCGGCAAGGGCGGCGCCAAGCGCCACAGGAAGGUGCUGCGCGACAACAUCCAGGGCAUCACCAAGCCGGCGAUCCGGAGGCUCGCUCGGAGGGGCGGCGUGAAGCGCAUCUCGGGGCUCAUCUACGAGGAGACCCGCGGCGUGCUCAAGAUCUUCCUCGAGAACGUCAUCCGCGACGCCGUCACCUACACCGAGCACGCCCGCCGCAAGACCGUCACCGCCAUGGACGUCGUCUACGCCCUCAAGCGCCAGGGCCGCACCCUCUACGGCUUCGGCGGCUAGGCUCGUCCUCGCCCCCCCUCCUGCAGAUCCCCAAAGUUUGAUGAUACCGCGACUUGUCUAGUUCUCUGUAUGCUCUGUAGUUCGAACUGAAUCGUGGAACAAAGUUAUUCGCAUAUGUUGCUGGAAAUCAAACCCCUGUCUGUGCAAAUACCGUGUUUCUGAA